CAAACGGGAGAUACAAACAUGAUUUGUCUCCUUGUUUUCUCGUUUUCCUUUCUCAACCCUUAUGUAUCGUCACCUUUGACUUUUCUUUUUCUUUAGAUUCCAUUUUCUUAAUCUUUUUCUUUUUCUUUUUAAAUUUUGAUUCUUCAUUCAAUUACUAAUUUACCAAAAUAAUUAAUCCGCCCGCUUGUUCCAUCCACAUUCCUCAUCUAAAUAACAAAAUUUUAUUUCUUUUUUGUAUAACCGUUGGUUGAUUUGGUGGUGACAAACAAUGGCGACGAUGAUGAUCAAUGAUGACAUUGACAGCCUCGUCAUUGGUGUUUUUAUGAGCUUUUAAUUAGAUUUUGAAUCAAUUUUUCUCUCGGAUCAGGUGUUCUGAUGCGGUUCCAAGAAGAGAAGUGUUUGCUAUGCUAGUGGGUUGUUCCGAAUGAACAAAUUUGAGACAAAUUCUUGAAUUUUAUGAAGAAAAACUGGGCAGAAAGAGAGCACCAAUGGUAGGCAGCCAAUAUGAAGGAUUUGGAGAGUACGAGGAACAAACACUGGUCCGAGAAGUUAGUGCGAAUGGGAUUUCUAUGAAAAUAACUGAUGUUGAAGCAAAGCUUGAUGAAGGAAAUAUUCAAGAGGCCGAAUCUUCCUUACGGGAGGGCUUAUCCCUUAAUUUUGAAGAAGCUAGAGCCCUUCUUGGAAGAUUAGAAUAUCAAAGAGGCAAUGUUGAAGGUGCGCUUCAUGUUUUUGAUGGCAUUGAUAUUCAAGCAGCUAUAGAAAGAUUACAACCAUCCUUUUCCGACAAACAGUCUUCUUCUAAGAAGGGUCGUUCUCGGGGUGAUUCACAACAUACAGUUUCACAGCAUACAGUUUCACAGCAUGCUGCUAGCCUAGUUCUUGAAGCAAUAUACUUAAAAGCGAAAUCCCUUCAAAAACUUGGGAGGAUAAAUGAUGCUGCUAAUGAAUGCAAAAAUGUGCUUGAUGCUGUUGAGAAGAUUUUCCAGCAGGGAAUACCUGAUGCACAAGUGGAUAAUAGAUUGCAAGAUACAGUUAGUCAAGCUGUAGAGCUUCUACCAGAGCUCUGUAAGCAGGCUGAUCGCUAUGAUGAAGCAAUGUCUGCUUAUAGGCGAGCUCUACUCAGUCAAUGGAACCUUGAUAACGAUCGUUGCGCAAGAAUUCAGAAAGGAUUUGCAAUUUUUUUAUUGUACAGUGGAGUAGAAGCUGGUCCACUUAGUUUAGCUUCACAAAUUGAUGGUUCUUAUGUACCUAAGCACAAUUUAGAAGAGGCAGUUUUACUUUUGAUGAUUCUUAUCAGGAAAUUUUACCUCGGUAAAGCCAGUUGGGAUCCAUCAGUUAUAGAACAUCUCACAUUUGCAUUAUCCUUGUGCAGCCAAACUUCUAUUCUAGCAAAACAGUUUGAAGAGAUCAUGCCUGGGUUAUUUCAUCGUGUUGACCGUUGGAAUACUUUAGCUCUUUGUUACAGUGGGGCAGGAAAAGAUGAUGUUGCUUUAAACCUAUUGAGGAAGUCUCUGCACAAACAUGAACGCCCUGAUGAUCUCCUGGCAUUAUUGUUGGCUGCCAAGAUCUGCAGUGAGGAAUCUUAUCUUGCUGCAGAGGGUGUGGGAUAUGCACAAAGAGCAAUCAGUAAUGCUCAGGGGACUGAUGAACAUCUUAAAGGUGUGUCUUUUCGCAUGCUGGGUCUUUGUUUGGGAAAGCAAGCAAAAGUUUCUUCCUCGGAUUAUGAAAGGUCCCGUCUUCAGUCUGAAGCAUUGAAAUCAUUAGAUGGUGCAACUGCUUUUGAGCCAAACAAUCCAGAUCUUAUUUUUGACUUGGGAGUUCAAUAUGCAGAGCAACGAAAUUUGAAUGCUUCUCUGCGAUUUGCGAAGCAGUUCAUUGAUGCCACUGGUGGCUCCAUAUUGAAAGGUUGGAGAUUGCUUGCACUGGUUUUAUCAGCUCAACAGCGAUUCCCUGAGUCUGAGGUGGUCACUGAUGCUGCUUUGGAUGAGACUGCAAAAUGGGAGCAAGGACCAUUGCUCAGGCUUAAAGCAAAAUUAAGGAUCUCCCAAUCACUACCCACGGAUGCUAUUGAAACCUACCGUUAUCUCCUUGCAUUGGUUCAGGCUCGAAGGAAAUCUUUUGGACCUCUCAGAAGUAGAUCUCAGGCCGAGGCUGAAAAAGUCCAUGAGUUUGAAGUAUGGCAUGGUCUAGCUAAUUUAUACUCUAAGCUUUCUCAUUGGAAGGAUGUAGAGGUAUGUCUGGGGAAAGCUAGAGAAUUGAAACAGUAUUCUGCAGAAUUGCUAUAUACAGAAGGCAUAAUGUGUGAAGGACGGGGAAAGGAUCAAGAGGCUAUCUGUCAUUACGUCAAUGCUCUUCUACUCAACCCAAAUUAUGUGCCUUGCAAGGUAUUGAUUGGUGCCCUGCUGUAUAAGAUGGGCUCUAAUGCAUUGCCUGUUGCGAGAAGCAUACUAUCAGAUGCUUUGAGGAUUGAGCCUACCAACCGGAUGGCUUGGUAUUACUUAGGGAUGGUUCAUAGAGAUGAUGGACGAAUGGCUGAUGCGACAGACUGCUUUCUGGCAGCCUCUAUGCUUGAGGAAUCUGAUCCUAUUGAAAGCUUCAGCUCUGUUAAUUGACCGGUCUAGUUCAGUAAGCCAAAUCUGCACCAAUUGUAUUCGCAUUAUGCUCCUAAUACCUUGGGACGGACCGGUUGUUAUUUAGAUGCUUCUCCUACUUUGACUUUCAGCCUAGAUUCUGUUAUCAUCAGAAAGGAAGCAAGAACUGAGAGCACCAACGAGAAAACAUAAAGAGGUGAAUUUUAUUAUCAUUUUGAUACAUUAGAGCUGGGAUAAUUGCCAUCACCAUCUUUAGAUUAAGUAAAAAUUAAUGUUUAUCCCCGGAAUUCUAAAAACUCACUGUUUCUUCCUGAUUUAUUAGUUCCAUUUAAGUGAAAUAUGAUUUCAGUUAUCUAAUACUUAAAAGUUAAGAGGAAUCGGUGAGUUUUUGAAAUUUUAAGGGAAAAUAAGAAUUUUGACCUUACUUGAAGUGGAGGAUACUAAUUAUCCCAUGAGCAUAUAUAAGUGGGUGGUGGUGAAAUAAUUUAUUGAUUAUUUUCUAAUGAUUGCUCAACCAUUGUAAUUGUAUGAUAACCUGGGCAAUCUUCUAUCAAAGAUGAUAAUUAGAUUUGUUUUUAUGAAUUUAUUGAAUUUUUUGUUUUUGUUUUA